GCAUUCAGUCUAAAAAAUAGGCUUGUUGUGUUUUCCGGUAGGACUAAAUGUGAUAGUUGUUUAGUAGGCAAAUUACUAUUUCUUCAAGCGUUCUCUUAUGAUGGUAUAGUUGAGAGGUAUAAUCCCUUGCGUCCAGUUGGUGGAAUUCUCCACGUGGUUUCAACUCCUGUAUAAAAACUUUCGGUGUGCGGUGCCUCCGUGUCGUGAUUGCGAAGGAGAAUAGGGUUUUAAGAUUACAGCAUCUUUAGGACGCACAGCGCUGUCCAUGAACAAGCACAUCGAAGAAACUACUCUGUCGCUUUUCAAGGCUGGAGGGAUCAAACACUGAUGUAUUCAUCGGAUUGCAAUAAGAACGGGAUUCCGCAAGUUAUAAAUAAAAGUAGAGAUUUAAUUGAAAAGAAGCAAUACAUAAUUUCACAUUGUAGUUUCUGGGUAUAAAGUAAGAGUUUAAUUUACUCAAUGUCUUAGUGACUUUUAAAUGGUUUCUAAAGCAUCAAUUGUUUUAAUCCAUCUACAUGGCAUGAGUCUUCUCCAGUUACCUUUCCGCUACUGCAGAGCCACAGUUUCAAGUUCGGCAGCAAACUAUCAGCACCUCUGGAAUUGUGCUUCAUUCAAGAGGUGAACUUCAUUUUGGGACAUAAUGACCAAUGUAUGGCUGGAUAACAAGUUAAGAAGAUAGAUAAUGACUGGAUGUAUGAAUUAGCCCUAUUCUCAUGGUAACGCUGUUAUAUUUUGGACUAAUUGGAUGUCUUUCGUGUUCAUCAAUAUUCGUUUGCAUUCCUUUUGUAUUCCUUGCUGGACGAACCCAAUCUCUACAAACUACGUGGGUUGAAGUGGGCUUUGCGGGACAGAACUGGACGUUUAAAGGGAUGUUAAAGAAGCGUUAAAACUUGUAUUGUACAGACUUUUCGAGAAAAUCAAUUCAACAACACUAUUAUAUUUAGAGUGCUUUGGUACUUGCUUCUCUAAGAAAGAAAAUGAUAAGUUAUAAUUUUACUUUGCCUUGUUUAGUGGCUUGCAUACUUUCUGUCCGCUGUAUCUUGGCGACUGGGACAGAGACUCAAACAGUGUCCCAGGAGUCGUGCGCAUCUUGUGGCUUGGGACAGACGGACCAGUCGGGACGAGUGGACAUAGACUUUCUAGAAGCCGUGAAAAGGCACAUCUUGAACAGGUUACAAAUGAGGGAAAGACCCAACAUCACUCAUCCCAUCCCAAAGGCUGCGAUGGUAACAGCGCUGCGGAGGCUGCACGCGGGUAAAUUACGCGAGGAUGGAAGGGUUGAGAUCCCGAACCUUGAUGGUCAAGCUGCCUACAAUAACGAAGUGCAAGAGGAGACCUCGGAGAUCAUCAGUUUUGCAGAAGCAGAUGAUAUUGCAUCAUCGAAGUCAAACUUCUACUUCCUGAUCUCCAACGAGGGGAGCCAGAACCUGUAUGUAUCCCAAGCCAGCCUGUGGCUCUUCUUUCGGGUCCUUCCUGCCGGCCCAGAAAAGGGUAUUAGGAGGAAGGUGACAGUCAAGGUCCACUACCAGGAGUCAGGGACUGUGGGCGGACCAGGCGGAGGAGGGCGCUGGACCCUGGUGGAGAAGCGGGUGGACCUGAAGCGCAGCGGCUGGCACACCUUCCCUCUGUCAGAGGCAGUGAGGGCACUGUUUGGGAAGGGCGGUCGGCGGCAGGACCUGGAGGUGCGAUGUGAGGGCUGUGAGGCUAUGUCCGUGGUGCCGGUGCUGGUGGACGCUGGGGACCCGUCCCACAGGCCUUUCCUGGUGGUGCGGGCGCGGCAGGUGGAAGGGAAGCACCGCAUCCGUAAGCGGGGGCUCGAGUGCGACGGAACCAGUGGGGGCCUGUGCUGCCGGCAGCAGUUCUACAUAGACUUCCGCCUCAUCGGCUGGAACGACUGGAUCAUAGCCCCUGCCGGUUACUACGGUAACUACUGCGAAGGCAGCUGCCCGGCCUACAUGGCGGGCGUCCCGGGGUCCGCGUCCUCCUUCCACACGGCGGUGGUCAACCAGUACCGUAUGAGAGGCAUGAGCCCAGGUUCUGUCAACUCUUGCUGCAUUCCCACCAAGCUCAGCACCAUGUCCAUGCUCUACUUCGACGACGAGUACAACAUUGUGAAACGCGACGUGCCCAACAUGAUCGUCGAGGAGUGCGGCUGUGCCUGAGCCACGUGGGAACUCCGCAGUCAAAACGAUGGUCAAACGGUUGUGCAAAAGGACAUUUUGUACCAUUCACAUAUACAGUAUAUCUAUAGUUUAUGGAAGCACACACACGCACACACACACAGGUACGAACACAUGUAUCCACGUAUUGUUGUUCUAUUUAUCUGGCGGUACAGCUUCGGCUGCUCUGUCAGUUUUUGUCCGUUCCUUUUUAAGAACUUUAAACGCAGAGAAACGGGAUGAGAAGGGAAUGGUUAUCACCAAAUGAUAUUUUUCUAGUUUGCCAUUUCUAGUCAAAAAUAAUGGCACUUCCUCUCCUCUAAUGAAGAUGGAAAGCGCUUAAGGAAACUGACAGGAUCAAACUUUCCGCUCCUCAGUACUUUGGCACAACCAGGACUUUCAAAAAAGCAAUGGUAAUUCAUCAGUUUAUACAAUUCAGAACACUAGCACUUCCAUAUGCUCUGUAAAGAUGCUGGCCAGUCCAGCGGAAUUCGUUUUUGGCAGCGCUUAAUGCCUUGCGGGAUUACCCUGACCAGCAACAAACACAACAUUGUGAUUGUUGUUUUUUCGACAAGACUGGGCCUCGUUGUCACUUCCUGCCUGUCUGAGUGCUGUUCUCUGACCAGGUGAGAAGAUGGACCUUUGUGGACAGCACACUCGUGUGCUAAAUCCUUAGAACACAUACAGAGAACAUAGCCACAGCCUCUGUCUGUUCUGUCACAGCGGACAUGGAUGGAAAUCCUCUCAAACGGCCCCGGUGGGUCAAGGUGCAGUGCAGCACUUGCAGAAACUACAAAAUGCACCCUCUAAUAGCACUUGCAUAUUGAAAUGCCUUCAAAAGGGUACUGAGUGUCCUGUCAUAAUGAUAAGUGCCAUGUGAGCUAUGCAAUGUAUAGUAACCCAUAUCCAUUCUCUACCCGACUGAACGCCCUCCUCUCUAGUCUUUAACUCUUAUCAAUACUUGAAAUGUGAUCUUUCGCUUCCUUUCCAAAGCGAAGGAUUGUUAUGAUGUUUGCACUGAAAAGUUGCGGGAUUAGUUAAACAAAACUGCCAUUGAAAAGUUAUUUUUAUAGAAAUAAAUUGAAUUUUGUUUAAAAUGUAUUUUACCUAAUAAUGGAACCAAAGAGGCCAAGAUCUUAGCUAUUAUAAUUAGAUGGCCAGGCCAUCACGUUAUUGUGUACAAUUCUGUUGAUCAUUUUCAAGAGGCCUAAUCACUGUAUCAGGGUACAAUAUGAUUCCAUUUCUUAGCUCUAUUGUCUUUCUCUAUUUUGUACAAUAAACAUGUGGCACACUUCAUUUUUCAUCUUUAAUUCUAUUUUUUCAGUUUUCUAUUUAAUAAAAGUUAUUUUUAGUUCCUGUUUCAGAAUCAUUUAGUCAAAUAAAUUGUCAUCUGUACAGUUUAUGUCAAUAAAAGAUGUUUUCUUAAAUAUUUUGUAACUUUAAAAUAAAUUCUUACUCUGAA